AUGGCAAGGGUGGCUGUUGUUGCACUCAUCUCCGCUCUCUCCAUUCUGGCCCUCGCCACCACCUCCGUCCACGGCGCCCCCGCCGAGAAAUUCACCGUCCGCGGCAAGGUCUACUGCGACACCUGCCGCGUCCAGUUCCAGACCAGAAUCAGCGAGUACAUGGCGGGCGUGGUUGUGCGCUUGGACUGCAAAAACACAGACAACGAGACCGUGACCUAUAGCGCGGAAGGCGAGACGGGAGCCGACGGGAAGUAUAAUUUGAGCGUGGAUAGAGAGCACGAGAACGAUACGUGCGAGGUGACGGUGGUGAAGAGCCCCAAGGAGGAUUGCAAGGAGACGAUGGCGGGGUUGGAGAAGGCCACGGUGGUUUGCACGGAAAACGUUGGAGUGAACGGCUCCAUCCGCUAUGCUAACCCGCUCUUCUUCAUGAAAAACAAAGCUGAUGAGAGGUGCCACAAAGUCUUGGAGGAGAUCAAUUUCUCCUCUAAUGAAAACAUGAUGUGA